AUGGCCCACGCCACAGGACCAGCAGGCGUUCCGAUAAUCGACAGGUCGGAGAACAGCACACUAGUCGCUACGACUCAGGGGUUAUCGAAGGAAGGUAAAAAGGAUGUCGCGGCGUUGAUGCAUGCGAUCAUCAUGGUUUUCGUGUUCGUUGGUUUAUAUCCCUUCGGUAUUUUCGUUUUACGCUUAGGAAACUGGGUCCGUUGGCACGGGAUCAACCAGGGCUUCGCUUUCAUUCUCACCAUUGUCGGCUCGAGUCUUGGUUUCUCGAUCAGCAAGUACUACAAUAGGUCUAAGAAGGUCAACACUGCUCACCAGGUUAUCGGCAUUCUCAUCUUCAUUUUCAUUUUCGCCCAGUUUGCUCUAGGCUUCUUGCACCACCGCAAUUUCAAGAAGACACAGCAGACGACCAAGAUGGCCCCUAUUCAUGUAUGGAUGGGUCGCGUGAUAAUCGUUAUGGGUGUCGUUAACGCAUUCCUUGGCUUCCCGCUCGCUCAGGCAUCGCAAUACAACUACGUCCUCGCAGGUCUCGUUCUUUUCCUCUUCCCGGCCAUGAUCCUCAUCCUCGUUACGAAGAAGUUCAUCCAAAAGAGGUGGAAUAAGUCUAAGAACGAACCAACUGGUUACAAUAUGGAGCCGUGGAACCAACAGAACGGUCAGGCAGGGCAAGGUAACGGCGCUGCAAAUCCACAACAGCCUAUGGGGCAGAAUGUGAGUAUACCAGGCAUGAGCACGUAUACACCAUAUCAUGCUCAGGGCAUGAAGGCAGAUCUUGGACCGCAGCAGAAUACUCGUGAAUACGUGUAA